GUUUUGUUUCUCUUCAGGCUGAAUAAUAACAGUAUUACAGAAGAAGGUUGUGCUGCUCUGACUUCAGCGUUUAAAUCAAACCCUUCAAACCUGAUAGAGCUGGAUCUGAGUGGAAAUAAACUAGGAGACUCUGGAAUUGACAAUAUCUGUUGCCUGUUGGAAAAUACACAAUGCAGAUUAGAGAAACUGAAACUUUCAGACUGCAGUAUCACAGAAAAAAGUUAUACGAUUUUGACUUCCUCUCUGAAAUCAAACUCACACCUGAAAGAGCUGGAACUGAGAGGAAAUUAUCCUGGACGAUCAGGAGUAAAGAUGUUAAAAGAUAUGGUGCGGAGUGGAUGGUCUAAAUUAAAGAACAUCAGCUUUUUGACAAAUGCUGCUGCAGAGGAAGCGUGUACGUAUCUAACGGAAGUUCUAAAAACAGAUCCCUUACAGCUGACAGAACUGGAUCUGAGCGGAAUUGAACUAAAUCAUCAACGUUGGGAGAAACUGUCUGCAUUUCUGGUGGACUCUUGUUGCCAAGUGGAUAAAAUAAAGCUGAAUAAUUAUGAGAUGACACAGAAAAGCUGUGCAGUUCUAUCUACUGUUCUCUCCAAAAAUACUAUCCUGAAAGAGAUGAACCUGAACAACUGCUGUCUACUGGACUCCGGAGUCAAAGAGAUCUGUCAGGGACUGAAGAAAUCAACACUGAAGAUACUGAAACUCUCAGACUGCAGUAUCAGUGAAGAAGGUUAUAAAGCUCUGGCUUCAGCUCUGAGAUCAAACCCUUCACACCUGAUAGAGCUGGAUCUCACAGGAAAUGAUCCUGGACAAUCAGGAGUGAAGCAGCUCAAUGAUUUACUACAGGAUCUGAAGUCUCGACUGAAGACACUGAGGUUUUUGGGUCCUGCUGCAGAUCAAGCCUGUCAGUAUGUGAGAGGAAUUGUGGGUAAAAACCCGUUACUCCUGAGAGAGCUGAAUCUGAGUGGUGGUGAACUAGGAGACUCAAACGUGAAGAAUCUUGUUCCUUUGCUGCUUGAUAAACACUGUAAACUAAACACACUGAUGCUGCGUAAUUGUGAUCUAACAGAGGAAAGCUGUUCAUCUCUCGCUACAGUCCUGAGAUCAAACUCCAGUCUGAAAGAACUUGACAUGAGCAACAAUAAUCUGCAGGAUUCAGGAGUGAAGAAACUCCAGAAAGCAUUAGAAAAUGCAAACUGUAGACUGGAGAAACUCAGACUUUCAAACUGCAGAAUCACAGAAGAAGGUUAUAUAGCUCUGGCUUCAGCUCUGAGAUCAAACCCUUCACACCUGAUAGAGCUGGAUCUCAGAGGAAAUGAUCCUGGACAAUCAGGAGUGAAGGAGCUCGAUGAUUUACUACUGGAUCCAUACAAUUCACUGAAAACAUUGAGGUUUUUGGGUCCUGAUGCAGAUAAAGGCUGUCAGUAUGUGAGAGGAAUUGUGGGUAAAAACCCGUUACUCCUGAGAGAGCUGAAUCUGAGUGGACAUAAACUAGGAGACACACGAGUGAAUCAGAUCGCUGCUCUACUGCAGGAUAAACACUGUAAACUCAACAUACUUCAUCUGUGUGGAUGCCGUAUUACAGAGGAACUGUGUCUCAUCCUGACUUCAGCUCUGAAAUCAAACCCAUCACACCUGAGAGAUCUGGACCUGAGUGAGAAUGAAAUAAGAAACACAGGAGUGAAUCACUUAUGUGACAUAUUGAAGGAUUCUCACUGUAAACUGGAGAGAUUAAGGUUAAGAGGCUGUAAAAUGACAGAUGAAGGAUGUUCUGCUGUGACUUCAGCUCUGAAAUCAAACCCAUCACACCUGAGAGAGCUGAACCUGAGUGGGAAUGAACUAGGAGAAUCUGGAGUGAAAAACCUAAGUGAUCUACUGAUGAAAAAAUCAUGCAAGCUGGAAAAACUAGAUCUGUGUGGAUGCAGUAUUACAGAGAAACAGUGUCUAUUCCUGACUUCAGCUCUGAAAUCAAACCCAUCACACCUGAGAGAGCUGGAACUGAGUGGGAAUAAAGUAGAAAACACAGGAGUGAAUCAGUUAUGUGACGUACUGAAGGAUUCACACUGUAAACUGGAGAGAUUGAGCCUAAACGACUGUGGCAUUACAGAUGUUUCUGCUUUAACUCAGUCUUUGUCUAAAACACAAGCACUGCAGUUUUUAAAAGAGCUUGAUCUGAGAAACAAUAAAAUAGAUGACUCCGGGAAGAAGCUCAGUGACGUGCUACAAGACUCAAGCUGUAAACUGAGGUGA